AUGAUGCGCUUUCGCGCGAAACAUGACGAGACCGAUCCCCUGCUCGGCGCCGAGCGGGGGAUGUCGAGCGCGGCGCCGAGCAAACGACGCACUCGCGGCGAGCGCGCGACGAUGUGGGUGUUCGGCGUCUGCCUCGCCUUCGCGUGCGCCUUCACGCACUCCUACUUCGUCGCCCCGCACAGUCUGAUUAGGAUGUUCAAUGUCUACGUCCUAGGCACGCCGACGCGCGAGAUCACGUUCAGGGUGUACACGUGCGGGAUCCCGGAUGAGAUUUAUGCAAAGUUUCUCCCCUGGCCCAUUUGCCGAGCCAAGCUCGUCGGAUGUCCCGGUCACGGGGCGACGUGCGGGCACUGGCGGUACGCCAACCAACUGGAAAUGCCGGCGACGAGCAUCGAUCGCAACGUGUUCGAGAUCAAGACUCGGGCGUUCGGGACCGGUGACGUGUACGGGUUCGCCGCCAUCGAAGCCGGGUGCACGCUGGAGCACGAGCGCGAAUGCCAAAAAGGGUCGCACGCCGACUGUAAGCUCGUCGGGAGAGGAGGAACCGAAGACAGGUGCGAUCAUCGGUACGACGCCGGGACGCACCACGCCGAGAAUCAUGGUCUUUUGCAGUCGAACACGACGUGCUGGCACGGGGGCGAGCGCUGCUCGUCCGCGUCUCCUGCAUGGUACCCAAUCAAAUCGCAUCGACCGGGGAGCAGACACUGCUUCAAGGCUUUCGGUGAUAAGUGGUACAACCGCCCCUCAGGUUCCGUGAUCACGUACGUCUGGGGCACGUGCAUGAAAGCACCUCAGAACCCAGAGGCGUGCGCGAACCGCAACUUGCCAAACGUGUGCACAAUGCUCGAGAAAACACAAGAGGAACCGAUCGAGGAGCCCGCGAUGUGUGGCCAAGUUCUCAGCGACGAUACGACAACACCCGACGGUAAGGUUUUCCGCAUCAAGCACAACAAGCCGGGCAUCAAGUCUAUGUCCGCCGAGGGCUCGUGCUGCAACGGCGAGCCUUGCCCUGCUGGUAAUAUGUGCACGUUCGAUCCGGAAAACAAACAAAAUAAAAAAGCCAGAACCUGCAAACCCAUGGAAUCCGCGCUCCCCGAAGGAUCAGGCAUUUGUGCGAACCCUUGGUUCCCUCAGGCGUACGGCGUGUGCACGCAGAGCUGCGGCUCGGGUAACGGUGACUGCGACGAGACGUGCGCAGCCGCCCAAGCCGCGGGCUACGAGUUAUCGUGCGAUCCCAUCGCAGGCGAGGGUCCGAAUAAAUGCAGAUGCAACAACGUCGGCGGUCACACCGCGAACGAGUGUCAAAACUCCGCGAACCCCGGAUAUAAGUGCUGCACUUGCAUGGACAUCGUGGGUUUGCCCAAGACGAACAACGGGAACAACGGGAACGGCGGGAACAGCGAAAACGCCCCCGGCCAACAGUCUUCUCCCAUCGAAGUUUAA